AAGAAGUUAAUUAAUAAUGAGUGCGAAUGCAGGGUUGGUGUUGAGCGGUGAGACGAUGGGGGAGAACGAGAAAGGAGAGCGAUGGAGCGGAGCGAUGACAAAUCUGACGGAGAUGGCCUCCAAUCUCGACUCUCUCCAGAAGCUUCUCCUCACCAAAGCCGUCUUCGUCGACGACGACACCUUCUCCAAAGCCUCCCUCGCCGCCGACCAGGCCCGCACCAUCAAGCUCCUCCAGCAACGAGUCCAGACCUUGGAGAGAGAGGUCGACGCCGCCAUCACCACCGCCGCCCGCGCUCGCUCCGAGAAGCGCCAGGCCGAGGCUGCUCAGAAAUCCGCCGAAUCGCGCGCUCAUCAGCUCACCGCCGAACUCGAAAACACCACAAAGGUGUUUGAGCUGCACAUGGAAGAGCUGCGAGCGAAACAAGAAGAGAUCGAGAAGCGCGACGAGGACAUCAAACUUCUGGAAGCUAUAAUUCGAACGCUUGGAGGAAAGGAAUCACUCUCUUCGUCUCAGUAGAAGAAAUCUUUGUUUAAAAUAUUGUGGGAAGUGCGAGGUAGAUUGCAAUUUUGCGGGUGUUGAAUUGUUUGUUAUGACAUGAAACGCAUUUCCUUUGACGAAUACAACCAUUACGUUAUGAUCGAUCAUAAUGCUUCAAAUUUCAGAACAUCAAGAUGUAUAGUUUCCUCACAAUUGGAGUUUGUGUUUGAGUAAAUAAUUUAAGUUCUUGUGGAAUUAGUGUAUCGGGAAAAGAAUUAUGGCAUAUAAGUUGUUUAUGUAAUCAAAGAAGAAAUCUACCGUUUAGAUUUAAAUUGUAGGUUGUCUCUAUCAGUUAUCUAA